UGUGUAUCUGCGUAUUGUUUUGGAAUGUCAACCAGCUGUUUGAUGAAAUGCUUUCAAGUGUUUCGAGUUUUUAACUUCCAAGUUAUCUCCUAAGGUUUUUUUGUUAUGAGCUGAAACCAGAAGUGGUUUAAUUCCAGUCGCAAGUAUCGUGUCCCCGUUCCGGUAUGUGCUCCAUCAAACGCUGCACUUGAUGAGUUUGUGUUGCGCCUCAUAAACACGGUAUGAUGGAGCUUCUUGUGGAAUGUGUACUGAGGGGAAAUUUUGCUACAUGCGUAUUCCCCUAGUGUCAGAAUGAAGGCUGGAUAUUUAUUAUUGGGUUCCAAAGAGGAAUAAGCAGUUUGAUCAUUUGGGUCUUGUUAAUUCUAUGCUUGUCAGAUUGUUUUUGUCAAAAAGAAGAAGUCUUUUAUCCCGAGGAUUUUACGCGGGUAAGCAAUUUACAAAUCCAACUACGGAAGACAUUGUUUUUAAGGCAAUAUGUUUAAAUCUAAGGCAAAAGAAAUGGAAACUCUUGGAUCAAAUGACUUUACGUGUCACGAAUGCGGAAGUAGAUCGCGUGCUUUGGGAGUUUCGAAACUCGCCACAGCUAGCUUUGCAGUUCUUCAACUUGGUUGGGAAGAAAAAAGGUUUUUUACAUUCCUUAAGAUCUUGCUGUAUUGCAAUUCAUCUGAUGGUGAACGUUAGAAGAUAUGACGAGGCCUUAAUUGUUAUGAAGAACUUGAUACAAACAAAGGGAUAUUCUCCUGUGGAGGUUUUGGAAGGAUUGGUUGAUAGCUAUGAGACAAAUUUGACAAGUCUGGCAGCAUUUGAUGCAUUGGUUAGGGCUUGCACCCAAAUUGGUGCCUCUGAAGGUGCUUAUGAGGUCAUCAAGAAGUCGCAAAGGGAGGGAUUUUGGGUGUCAAUUCACGCAUGGAACAACUUUUUGAACCAUCUUCUGAAUGGGAACGAGACUGAAAGGUUUUGGAAAGUUUAUACGGAGAUGGUAUCAUAUGGAUAUUCAGAGAAUGUGAAUACUUAUAAUCUUCUUAUUUAUGCUCUUUGCAAGGAAUGCAAAUUCUAUGAAGCGAUUUCGGUGUUAUAUCGAAUGUUAAAGGAUGGAAUUACACCCAAUGUUGUCGCUUUCAACAUGCUUGUAGACGGAGCUUGCAAAAUCGGCGAGAUUGAUCUUGGCUUAAAGCUUGUUAAGAAGAUGGGAGUCAUGUCAGGGGAUUGUGUUUCACCCAAUUCAGUGACCUAUAACUGUCUUAUCAAUGGGUACUGCAAAUUAGGAAGGCUAGUCAUUGCACAAGAGGUUUUGAAUGAGAUGGUCAAGGUUGGAAUUGACCCUAAUGUGAGAACAUAUGCGACUUUGAUUGAUGGGUAUUCAAGGAAUGGGUGUUUGGAGGAAGCGUUUAGGUGGUGCGACGAAAUGGUGGAAAAAGGGUUGGUGCCUAAUGUUGUUGUUUAUAAUUCACUUGUCCAUUGGCUUCACAUGGAAGGAGAUGUGGAGGGAGCUUCUCUGCUUUUAUCUGACAUGGUCGAGAAGUGCAUACCCCCUGACCAAUUCACCUAUUCUAUCUUGACAAAGGGGCUUUGUAGAAAUGGGUACCUACACAAAGCUCUUAAGUGUCACAAGUGGAUUCUAGAAAAGAACCUUGUGGAAGAACCUUUUACGCACAAUAUUCUCAUUGACUAUCUUUUUAGAAACAAAAACAUUAAAGGAGCAAAGCAACUUUUGGGUAGCAUGUUUGUUCAUGGGUUGAUUCCUGAUGUUGUCACGUACGGCACAUUGAUUGAUGGAGAAUGCAAACAAGGGAGUGUGGAAAGUGCGAUUCAGAUUUAUGAUGAUAUGAUAAAGGUGGAGAAAAGGUCUAAUAUGGUAAUAUACAAUUCCAUUGUGAACGGCUUGUGCAAAGCGGCAUCACUACAAAAGGCGAGCCUUUUGGUUGAUACCUUGGAGAAUGCAAAUAUGCUUGAUCCUGUAACCUAUAACACUUUGUUGAAUGGUUUCUGUGCUAGUGGGAAUAUUGAGAAGGCAUUAGAUUUGUUUUCGAAAAUGAGAAGAGAGGGGAAUUCGGUGAACAUAGUCACUUACAACGUAGUGAUCAAUAAUUUGUGCAAGCAUGGAUUUUUUCAACGGGCAAAGGAACUUAUGAAGGCAAUGAUUGUCCAAGGUUUGAUUCCGGAUUUCAUUACAUAUACAACUCUUGUUACUAAUAUCGCUAAGAACUGCAGUAGGGAGGAAGUAAUCGAAUUGCAUGACUAUAUGGUGCUUAAUGGUGUCAUUCCUGAUACUCAAACAUACAAUUCCAUUGUUGGUCCACUUCUAGCAGGAGGCGCAGAAAAGGAUCAAGCUUAAACAAUUAGUACAAAUGACUUCUGAUUUUGUUCCUUCAUUUAGUUUCACUGUUCUAGUUGCAACUACUGUCGUUCAGUUGCAUACUGGGCAACAGAGGGAGUGGCAUUCGUAGACUUUUACCAGAUCUUGCUUAUAAAUUCUGAAGUAUGAUGUUUGUUUUGUUACUGGCAUUUUGUAUGUGUUUUCCGGGAUUGGUUGUGAGUUGUUCGACCUAGGAAGCUAAUUCGCGUGUCAGCAGCCUUGUUUGUCGUACCGUUCUAUCGAUGUACAAACCAAUUUGUUAUCUAAAUUCUACGAUUGCUCUCUGUGCAUUACUAAUCAUUACUCUCCAGCAUUUUUUU